CCCGAAUUUAGAGUCGAGCAAACAGCACCAAAAUCUAUUGACGUGUCGUCAUUCGAAAAAAUAUUUCUGUGAAGCGAACUAAGCUGUAUAGUGAACUUGAUAAACACCAACGAUUUGUUGAAAAAUGAACUGGUUCAGUAUUAUAUUAUUCUUAUUUGCAAUUCAGUACAGUAGUGCAUUGUAUUUUCAUAUCGGCGAGACGGAACGUAAGUGCUUUAUUGAGGAGAUUCCGGAUGAAACCACUGUUAUAGUCAACUAUAAGGUGGAGUUAUACGACCCACGUAGCGGUGGAUUUAUGCCAUCCUCGCCCGGUAUCGGAAUGCAUGUUGAAGUAAAGGAUCCAGAUGACAAAACUAUAUUGUCUCGGGUAUACAGUUCUGAAGGCCGUUUUUCUUUCACUUCGCAUACACCCGGUGAGCAUGUGAUCUGCAUGUAUUCAAACAGCACAGCUUGGUUCAGCGGCUCGCAGUUGCGAGUACAUUUGGACAUACAGGUUGGUGAGCAUGCAAUCGACUACGCUAAUGUGGCUCAAAAGGAAAAGCUUACCGAAUUGCAACUGCGCAUUCGACAACUAUUGGACCAAGUGGAUCAAAUCACUAAAGAGCAGAACUAUCAACGGUAUCGCGAAGAGCGCUUCCGUCAAACCAGCGACAGCACAAAUCAGCGCGUACUUUGGUGGUCACUCGCUCAAACACUUGUUCUCGUCACCAUGGGUCUAUGGCAGAUGAAACAUUUGAAGAGCUUUUUUGAGGCGAAGAAACUGGUCUAGUUAGUAAAUUGUCUACUUUAGGUUUAUUUGGUAUGACAUUUUUACUUUUUACUGGAUUUUUUCGUGAAAAUUUGUCGAGGAAACUUUGCAACCAGUAAACACCCAUGUGUGUGUCGUGAAAAAAUGCGUGUAUGUGCAAUGAAACCGCUUAAUAAAAUGAUUGAUAGUUGAUGAA